AUGACAACGAUAUCGUCGCUUUUCAAAGAUGAAUAUAUUUCGCAUGACUCGCUCUACAUUACUGCCUCAUGGAUAAUUGCCACGGCCGUAUUCUUUGCAUGCCUCGUAUACAGUAUAAUGGCAAGCAGGCAGCACUCGAUGAUGGUGUUCAAGUGCUCAAUUAUGAUGGCUGGCAUAUGGCGAGGGGUGGCUGUAGUGAUUUUGAGUCGAAUGGAGAUAGAUGUUGAUCAGAAACGUUGUCAAACGACUGGAUAUAUUGCGGGUGUUGGAGAUGUGUUGUGGAGGUUGGCAAUCGCUGGAUUUCUUACUCAAAGGACAAUGAGCAUAAGAGGUAGAAUAACGAUAGAUGUCUGCGUGGCAAUUGUAUUUACAGUGAUGAUCAUUACGAUGGAGACAUACAAACUUGUAACGAAUGCCGGAAAAGUUUCAUGUAUUCCCGGGCAAAUGAAUGCUUUUGGGGAAUCAUUAUGGACGUACUUUCGCCCUGACAUAUUCCUAGAUCUUUACAACACAUUCGUUGUGAUAUUUAUUCUCCAAAAAAUAUUAACAUACACACAGCGCACAGGUUUAUUCAAGGCUGUAAUAUUAUGGCAGUCUGUAUUAUUCCUCCUUACGCUUUUGUUUAACAUUGAAUGGCUUUUGAGACGGGCAGGAAAUGAUGAUAAAGCCUAUAUAAUAGCUCCCGUUAUUGCAAGUAUGGUGUCGAUUCUGAUGGCAUUGGUAAUAACAUUUGACGGUCAGUUUGUCGGAUACUUUACCAAGAGAUGGAAUCGCAUAGCCACGUCCAAUCCAGCAAGCAACACAAGACAUAACGAUGCAACCAAUUAUAAUCACAAUGCAACCGAUGGCUCUGCAAAUGCUGCUCCAACGACUAUGUCGAACACACUUCCCGUUAGCUCCGAUGAUUCCAACACAAAUUCAACCAAUGUACUCGUUAAUUCCACAAGAGACAAUGGUGACACAAUAGCAGACAACUCUGCAAUAUCCACAAUCCAAGAUCAGAUCAAGCUAUUUAUAUUGGAUGUACACGAUCCAUCUUCCGAGUUAAUCGAAGCAGCCAUAUUACAGAGUUUUCAACUCUCAAUUUCAACGUCUUCAUGCGGUCAAUUGGUCAUAUCUUCAUCAUCAAUACAUCAAGAUCUAGAUCUUGAAGUUGUCUAA